AUGGCCGACCGGAUGCUGGACAUGGGCUUCGAGCCGCAGAUCCGCGAGAUCAUCCAGGAUCACGGCAUGAAGCAGGCCGGUGCUGGCCGCCAGACCAUCAUGUUCUCCGCGACGUUCGCGAGGGAGAUGCAGAACAUGGCCCUUGACUUUCUCGACUCGUCCUACCUGCAGAUCAAUGUCGGCAAGGUCGGGGCCACCACCUCGAAUGUCGAGCAGCGCUUCGAGGACGUGGGCUACGGGGACAAAUUCGACGUCUUAGUGAACGCCCUCAACUCCGUCACCAAUGCGGACGGCAAGAUGGGAAGGGCAAUCGUCUUCGCCAACCAGAAGGCGAUUGCGGACGACAUCGCUUGGCGGCUGGGAACGGAGAACAUGCGGGCGGUGGCCAUGCAUGGCAACCUCUCCCAGGCGCAACGUGACCGGGCCAUCGGGGACCUGAAGAGGGGCCGCGCGAGCGUGCUGGUCGCCACCGACGUGGCCGCCCGCGGGCUGGACCUGCCAGGAAUUGACCACGUCAUCAAUUACGACCUCCCGUCCAACUCGGACGACUAUGUUCACCGCAUCGGCAGGACGGGACGCAUCGGCAACAAGGGUGUGGCCACAUCGUUGGUGGGCCAGUCGGAACCGGCGCUCAGAGACAUCGUGAAGGACCUUCAGCGGCAGGCCAAAGAUGACCCCGAGGCGUCGCCCGUGCCCAGAUGGCUGAUCGACAAAGUCGGCGGGGGCGGCGGCAGCCGGUCGCCAGGCGGCCGCGGAGGCUACGGCGGUGGGGGCGGAGGCUACGGCGCAAGGCGUGGCGGCGGCGGCGGGUACGGCGGCGGCGGGUACAGAGGCGGCGGUGGCGGGUACGACUCGGAUGGCUACGGGGGUGGCGGCGGCGGCAGAGGUUACGGCGGCGGCGGUGGGUACGGGGCCAAAAAGUCGUACGGAGGCGGCGGCGGGUACGGCGGCAAGGGCGGCGGCCGGGGUGGCGGGGGUGGGUACGGCGGCUCGAAAGAUUAUGGCAGCGGUGGCAGGAGCGGAGGGUACACGAGCGUAGAUGACCGCUGGUGA